AUGGACGCAGCCCUGCUGUCGACGCUGCUCGCGUCACUGGCCGCGCUGCACGCCUCGCCGCCGCCGCCAUGGCACAGCACCGCGCGCGGCGCGCUGCGGCGGCUGGCGCCGGGCCUGCGGCCGCGGCAGCUGGGGCUGGUGAUGUGCUCCCUCGCGAAGCUGCGCGCCCCGCUGCCGCCCUUUUGGCUCGACUUGCUCGCUGGCCGCGCGGGCGAGCUGCUCGGCGCCGCGCGCCCCGCUCGUGCGCCGCUGCGCGCCGCGGGCCGCGUCACUCUCCCUGUCCCGCCGGCGCCGGCGCUGCCUGCCCAGCACCCCUUCUCGGAUGCUGACCUGGCAGCAGUUGUCUGGUCGAUGCCCCACCUGGCCCACCCCAACCAGCGGGCUUGGGCCGGCGGGCACGCCCCUCUGCUCCGCACGAUCGCGGCGGCCACGCUGCCGCGGCUUGGGCGCAUGGCGCUGCCGCAGCUGGUGCAGCUGGUCGUGGGGUUCAGCCGGCUGGGGUUCCACCCCGGGCUGCAGUGGGUCAAGAGCCACCAGAACGCGUGCGCGGCGCAAUAUGAGCGCAUUGACCAGGUCAACAGAGCGCGGCUGAGGGAGGCGUACCGCGGCAUCUUGGACAAGUGA